AUGCCGAGCUCCGGGGGCCUGGGGCAGUUUGCUCACGAUGUGUCACCGUACCUCAUCCUGCUGAUCUUCAUCGCGACUUUCGGCCCAUUUCAAUUCGGCUAUCAUUUGUCCGAGUUGAAUGCUCCACAGCAUGCCAUCACUUGCGAGGACGACAAAGCCGCGCCCUCCGGCGCCCUCGCCCGCGUCGCGGCCGGCUUAUCGAGCUACACCUUCAGCAAGAAGAAGGAUGGAUGUAAAGGCAUCCCCAUGAACGAGCCGACAUUUGCAAUAGUGUCCUCCAUUUUCACCAUCGGCGGCCUGAUCGGUGCCCUGGCGUCCGGGCCCAUCACCUCUAAGAAGGGCCGCUGGCUGUCCAUACAAAUCACAGCCAUCACCUUCGUCAUCGGAGCCACCAUCGAGGCCCUGGCCGGCGCAGCCUGGGUCAUCGCACUCGGGCGCUUCGUGUCCGGGCUCGGCUCCGGCGCGAGCACCGUCAUCGUCCCGCUCUACAUCUCCGAGGUGGCCCCGCCCGCCGAGAGGGGGUUCUUCGGCGCCUUCACACAGAUCAGUUGCAAUACGGGAAUUCUGACCGCCCAGGUGCUGGGCUACUUCCUGAGCCACGGGUCCGCCUGGCGGUGGAUCCUGGGAAUCAGCGGCAUCAUCGCCGCAGCCCAGAUCCUGCUCACCUUCCUGGUCCCCGAGAGUCCCGCCUGGACGGCGACGGUGAAGGGCGACGUCGUCGCCGGCAGGAAGAUCUUGCAGCGCAUCCGGGGGCGAAAUGUCGACAUCGACGACGAGGUCGCGCUCUGGGGCGCCGGUUCUGGUAAGAACGUCACUGGCGAGGAGACGGGCCUGCUUGAGCCACCAGAGGGAGGUGCCUCGCUUGUCCCGGACAACGAGGAGGUACGGCACAUCGGCGUCAUGCAGGCGCUUAAGGACCCUCUGUACCGGCCUGCUAUGAUCGUGGUCAUGGGGGUCAUGUUCGCCCAGCAGCUGUGCGGAAUCAACUCGAUAGUGAUGUACUCGGUCGCGCUCCUCAACGGCCUGCUGCCCCUGAGCUCCAUCGUCCUCACCAUUCUCGUCUCGGCCGUCAACUUGGUCAUGACCGCGGCGUGCUCGCCGCUUCCGGACAAGUGGGGCCGCAAGACAUGCCUGCUCGUCUCCAUCGUCGGCCAGGGGGCCUCCUCGCUCGUCCUUGCCAUCUCGAUCCUCGCCGGCUUCAAGAUCGUGUCCGCCCUCGCGGUCGCCACUUUCGUGGCCUUCUUCGCCGUCGGCCUGGGCCCGGUGCCGUUCAUCCUCGCGUCCGAACUGGUGGGCCAGGAGGCCGUUGGCGCGACGCAGAGCUGGUGUCUGGCUACUAACUACACGGCUACCUUCCUUGUGGCGCAGUUCUUCCCCAUUAUUAACACGGCGCUGAACAACUGGCUGGGCGGCCGCGGCGGCUGGGUCUACUUCAUCUUCGCGGGCUUUGCCGCGCUCUUUGCCCUGUUCAUCACGGCCAAGGUGCCCGAAACAAAGGGCAAGAAGGACGCGGAUGAGUGA